AAACCUCGCGGCCUCUCAGACGAGGGUGGGUUAGCAGGGGCAGCUCCCAACCCCCGUCCCGGACCCACAUAACACCUCGACCCCUGGCCCACCCCGGCCGUCACCGAGAACGGUCCCCCAGAGUGCCUAGGUUCUUCCGGAGCCCGACCGGAUCCGGAAGCUUCUGGGAACGAGGGGGUGGGACCGAAAAAAAUCAAAAAAAGCGCGGCGAAAGCUAAAGGCCGGCGCAGGCUGAGAGGUGGUGGUCCGCAAGCCGCGCCGCGGCCGGUGCGAUGGACUCUGCUGCCUGCUUGAAGUCCUUGCUCCUGACUAUCAGUCAGUACAAAGCCGUGAAGUCAGAGGCGAACGCCACUCAGCUUUUGCGGCACUUGGAGGUAAUUUCUGGACAGAAACUCACACGACUAUUUACAUCAAAUCAGAUAUUAACAAGUGAAUGCUUGAGUUGCCUUGUAGAGCUACUUGAAGACCCCAACAUAAGUGCUUCACUGAUCUUAAGUAUUAUUGGUUUGCUGUCUCAACUAGCUGUAGACAAUGAAACCAGAGAUUGUCUUCAGAAUACAUAUAAUCUGAAUAGUGUGCUGGCGGGAGUGGUUUGUCGGAGCAGCCACACCGAUUCGGUGUUUUUGCAGUGCAUUCAACUUCUACAGAAGUUAACAUAUAAUGUCAAAAUUUUCUAUUCUGGUGCCAAUAUAGAUGAAUUAAUUACAUUCCUGAUAGAUCACAUUCAAUCUUCUGAAGAUGAGUUAAAAAUGCCUUGUCUAGGAUUAUUGGCAAAUCUUUGUCGGCACAAUCUUUCUGUUCAAACACACAUAAAGACAUUGAGUAAUGUGAAAUCUUUUUAUCGAACUCUUAUCACCUUGUUGGCCCAUAGCAGUUUAACUGUGGUUGUGUUUGCGCUUUCAGUAUUAUCCAGUUUGACAUUAAAUGAAGAGGUGGGGGAAAAGCUAUUCCAUGCUCGAAAUAUUCAUCAGACUUUUCAACUAAUAUUUAAUAUUCUCAUAAACGGUGAUGGCACUCUAACUAGAAAGUAUUCAGUUGACCUACUGAUGGAUCUCCUUAAGAAUCCUAAAAUUGCUGAUUAUCUCACCAGAUAUGAGCACUUUUCUUCAUGUCUUAAUCAAGUGUUAGGUCUUCUUAAUGGAAAGGAUCCUGAUUCCUCUUCAAAGGUUUUAGAAUUACUUCUUGCCUUCUGUUCAGUGACUCAGCUGCGCCAUGUGCUCACUCAAAUGAUGUUUGAACAGUCUCCACCUGGCAGCGCCACUCUGGGAAGCCAUACUAAAUGUUUAGAACCUACUGUGGCUUUACUGCGCUGGUUAAGCCAGCCUUUGGACGGAUCAGAAAACUGUUCUGUUUUAGCAUUGGAGUUGUUCAAGGAAAUAUUUGAGGAUGUCAUAGAUGCUGCUAACUGUUCCUCGGCUGAUCGUUUUGUCACCCUUCUGCUGCCUACAAUCCUUGAUCAACUUCAGUUCACAGAACAAAAUCUGGAUGAGGCUUUAAUAAGAAAAAAAUGUGAAAGAAUUGCCAAGGCCAUUGAAGUUUUGUUAACUCUCUGUGGAGAUGAUACACUAAAAAUGCACAUUGCAAAAAUCCUGACAACUGUCAAGUGUACCACUCUUAUAGAACAACAGUUUACAUAUGGCAAGAUUGACCUGGGGUUUGGAACAAAGGUUGCAGAUUCGGAAUUAUGCAAACUUGCUGCUGAUGUAAUUUUGAAAACUCUUGAUUUGAUUAACAAACUUAAACCUUUGGUUCCUGGUAUGGAAGUAAGCUUCUACAAAAUCCUUCAGGACCCACGUUUGAUUACUCCUUUGGCUUUUGCUUUAACGUCAGAUAAUAGAGAACAAGUACAGUCUGGACUGAGAAUAUUAUUGGAAGCUGCUCCACUACCAGAUUUUCCUGCUUUAGUACUUGGAGAAAGUAUAGCAGCAAAUAAUGCCUAUAGACAACAGGAAACAGAACAUAUACCCAGAAAAAUGCCCUGGCAAUCAUCAAAUCACAGUUUUCCUACAUCAGUAAAGUGUUUAACUCCUCCUCAUUUGAAAGAUGGUGUUCCUGGAUUGAAUAUUGAAGAAUUAAUAGAGAAACUUCAGUCUGGAAUGGUGGUGAAGGAUCAGAUUUGUGAUGUGAGAAUAUCUGACAUAAUGGAUGUAUAUGAAAUGAAACUAUCCACAUUAGCUUCCAAAGAAAGCAGGCUACAAGAUCUUUUGGAAACAAAAGCUCUAGCCCUUGCACAGGCUGAUAGACUGAUUGCUCAGCAUCGCUGUCAAAGAACUCAGGCUGAAACAGAGGCACGGACACUUGCUAGUAUGUUGAGAGAAGUUGAGAAAAAAAAUGAAGAGCUUAGUGUGUUGCUGAAGGCACAACAAGUUGAAUCAGAAAGAGCCCAGAGUGAUAUUGAGCAUCUCUUUCAACAUAAUAGGAAGUUAGAGUCUGUGGCUGAAGAGCAUGAAAUACUGACAAAAUCCUACAUGGAACUUCUUCAGAGAAAUGAAAGUACUGAAAAGAAGAAUAAAGAUUUACAGAUCACAUGUGAUUCUUUGAAUAAACACAUUGAGACAGUGAAAAAGUUGAAUGAGUCACUCAAGGAACAAAAUGAAAAAAGUAUUGCCCAAUUAAUAGAGAAAGAAGAACAGAGAAAAGAAGUACAGAAUCAGCUAGUAGACAGAGAACAUAAGCUAGCAAAUUUGCAUCAGAAAACAAAAGUACAAGAAGAAAAGAUUAAAACCUUACAAAAGGAAAGGGAAGAUAAGGAAGAAACCAUUGAUAUCCUUAGAAAAGAAUUAAGCAGAACAGAACAGAUAAGAAAAGAGCUGAGCAUUAAGGCUUCCUCCCUAGAGGUUCAAAAGGCACAAUUAGAAGGUCGUUUGGAAGAGAAAGAGUCUUUGGUGAAACUUCAGCAAGAGGAAUUGAACAAACACUCCCACAUGAUAGCAAUGAUCCACAGUUUAAGUGGUGGAAAAAUAAAUCCAGAAACUGUGAAUCUCAGUAUAUAGACAUUAUGGCAUUUUGGAAUUUGUAAUCUAAUGAUAUUUUUGAUGUAUUUAUCUAUUGGAGGGGGUGGGUAGGGGAGUUAAUUUGUGACUUCACAACAAUAAGUUAUCUAAUUUAGUAAAGUCCCUGAUCUGAUGCAUGUUUUUUAUUUGAUAGUUUGAAUAGAAAUUUAAAUUUUUAAGUUUUGCUUUUUGUUUCUGGCUUUUAUUGCUUAAGGCUUUCUUUGGUUCUUACAUUAGAAAAUCAUUUUUAACCUUCAUUAUCAUUUUUCUAAGGUUCUUUCCUUUUUCUUAGUUGCUUUCUAUUCUGUGUUGCCUGUCUUAUUUGUUGUCAUUUGUGAUUAUUUAGAUCUUAAGACCAAACUUUCUUGAUCUAACAAUCCUAAAGAUUACAAAAUAAAAAUAUAAAGGGAGUAAAAGUAAAAAGUACAGUUGAAAGAGAGAAGGUAUGAUAAUGCUAGAGAAGUUUUUCUUUGAAGAAGCAGAGAAGAGAAUAUUAGUGAAUUUAAAAUAAUUUUUAUUAUUGCAUUUAAAAUGCAGUAACGUGGCAUAAUUUCUAAAUUUGAAAAAAAUGCAAUGGUAAUAAAAUGUAUAAAAAUUAGAAAACUGUUAUUGUGUUAAACUAUUACAUUUAAAUGAUUACAUUUAACACAAUAGCUGUCUCAUAAAAAAAAUCUAAUAACUUGUAGAAGUUUUUUGUAAGGUAUAUUUAGUGGUUUUUUCCUCUUUUUUCAAAUGUUGCAUAGUGGUCCAGAUCAUCUAUUAUUAAUUAUAAGUUUCUUAUGAUUUACGUAAAGAUAAUUUGGAUUCUACUCUUGCUGCAUAUUCAGAAAAAUAUUAUUUACUAUUAAUUCUGGUAUGAAUUGUAUUUAAUGUGUUGUCUUAAAUAGUUUUUAAUUGGUUCAUUUAAUUUAAAAGCAUAGGUUAAAUACCUUUAUGGUUUUUGUUAAAUACAAGGGUCCUUCUGUACUUUUUCUUUGAAUUAUAUGCUCUAACUGCUGUGUCAGAAAAGUUUUUACAUCAAUAUUUUGAUUGAUUUUAUUGCUAUACCAUUACAGUCAUUAAUUUUAGUUGGUGUUUUCUUCACCAUAUCUCUCUUUGAUUUAAGUGAAUUUAGAUUUGUGCAGUUCUGGAAAUUUUUUAAAAGGUAUUAUGCAGAGUAAAACUUUUUAAAUUACUAUUUGUUCUAUAGAGGAGGUACAUUCUGUUUCUCUUUUGAAAUCGCAUGCAUUUUCAAUCAAAUACGAAAAAGUUUAAGUGGAUAGAUAAGACUGAAGAAUAAAAGGUUCUAUAAAAUAAAAGGGACAAAACGUUAAAGAAAUAAAUGAAUGAAUGAACCAAAAACUCUGGGGAAAAUCAAUCUAUCUUUACAAUUCAGACAUCUUGAGACAGCCUAGCCUAGUGCUGCCCUAUACAAUUUUCUGUGAUGGCAGUGUUCUGUGAUGUCCGAUACCAUAGCCAGUGGCUACAAGUGGCCAUUGAGCGCUUGAAAUGUGGCCUAUGCAACUGAAAAAGCUAAAUUUUUAAUUUUAUUAAAUUUAAUUUUGAUAACCAUCCUAUUAGAUAAUACAGAUCUAUCCCAUUCUCACAAGUAUGUGUUUAAAGAACUCAGUUUGCCUUUUCUUAACGAUCUAUAUAAUUACCCCAUAUAUAUAUUAUAGCCAUUUUUUAAUGUAAUUUUAACCUGUUUAUUUCUAAUCUUCUCUCCCUAAAGAGGAAAGUCCAUACUGCAGCUUUGAAAGUGAGUACUAAUCAUCACCCUUCAUCUCUUUCUGUCUCUUGUAACACCUUUCAUAUUGUUUCUAUUGUUUUUCUGAGUGCCUUUACUAUAUCACUUACUUUUGUUUUCUUGUUGGACUGUGUACCUCAUUUAAAAAGCAAAAGUGUGUGUAAAUAUUUUUUUCUAAAAAAAAAAUUUAAUCAAAUUUGAACCACCACCAUAGUCAGGGUUUUGUGUGUGUGUAUGCAUGUCCAUUUCCUGAUGGAAAAAACAAAACUUACGAAGUGCAUCAUUAUAUUAGGAUUACUCACAUCCUCUUAAAAUUUUGCUGGGGAGAGUUUGUCUCCAAAGUAUACAUUAACACAGUUUCUUUUACUAUUUACACUUGCCACUUGAACAAAUAGACACGUCUCAUAAACUUUGGUUGGUUGAAGUUUAUAUUAAAUUGUUCAUUAAUUUAAUGUCAGGACAAAAGGAAAAUAAUGAAACUGUGUGCUCUGUCUUAGGAAAUUAUCAGGUCAGUGUCCCUUUGGGUCUAUUUACUUAAAAGGACUAGUUAUUUAAGAAUAAAGAGAGAUUCUGUCAUGAGUUAGGACUGUUAUUUAAAUGAAAAUAUGUUUAAAUUUCUACUUCUUACGUGUCGUCAUUCAUUCAUACAUUAUAGGUACUUAUCAAGUUAUAUUCCCUAAAACUCAGUCUUAGUAUAAUUUGAUUCUUUUCCUCCUUUCAAAUAGUUAUGAACUAGAUUUAGAACUUUGCUUUUGGCAUAUAUACCAUUGUACUUAGCCAUGUGUCCUGUUUGUGACUUAAUCCUUUGCAAGAGUUAGCAAACAUUUUCUGUAAAGGGGCAGACAGUAAAUAUUUUAGGCUUUAUGGGACAUAGUUCUUUCACAACAACUCAACUCUGCUAUUGCAGCACAAAAGCAGCCACAGACAAUACAUAAAUUAAUAGUCAUGGCUGUGUUCCAGUCAAACUUUAGUAACGAAACUAGUCAAAACUUUGCUAUUAGAUGUUAUAUUUACUUAUUAAGAAAUGUCUUUUUAUGUUUGGUAAUCUUUACCUUGAGGUCUAUUUUAUUUGAUAAUAACAUAGCCACUUAGUUCUUAUUGUGUUUUCUGUUGGCCUGAUAUAUCUUUUUCUAUCAGUUUACUUUUAACCUGUAUGUUUAUGUGUAAAAUUCAUGACUUGUAAACAAAUAGAGUUAGGUUUUGCUUUUUUAUCAAUUUUGACAAAAUAAGUCCUUUAACAAUCCACUUAGAGUUAAUAUUGUACUGCUUAACAUAAAAUGUAGAAACCUUGCAACUAUAUAGGUCCUUCUGUCCUCUUCUCAUCCUUCAUGCUGUAGUUGACAUGUGCAUUACCUCUACUUAUGUAGCUAACCCUCAAAACCAUGUGAUAAUUUUUGCUUUAAGCAAUUAUAUGGAAAGACUCUGGCUGUCAACAUCAAUAUGUUCACUUCUUUGCAUGCACCAAUGUAAAGUAGUUUCUUCAGGGUCUUUGCCUUUGGAAAUAGUAAGUAGUUUGUGGGCAGAUACUGCAUAUAUGCUGUUUCUCUUCCAACUUGCAUCUGCUAGUUUUAGUAUUCUUGGUAAUUCUUACUUGAAUCAGUAAUUUAUUUGAUGGUUGGUUGCCAAGUGAAUAUUUUCCUACUUUGUAAAGGUAGAAAAUUGAACAUUUUGGUAAUGUUAUAAUGUAUUGAAAAUAGCAAUCUACAUGACAUCACUCAUAUCAUUCACAAAAUUAAAAUAUAGUACUUAGAGUUUUUCAUUUAAUACAGCAUGUACUUUUUGUGCAUAUUCUUACAAGCAAAGCAUGUCAGAUUUGCUUUCUAUAGUUUAAGAAAAUGAAUAGGCAUGUUAAGCAUAUUGAUUUUUUUUAACUAUAAGACCUUUUGAUAUUUUUCUACCCAAACCCCCUAAUUUGAGAAUUACUUAUUUAAAUCAUGACAUUAGAUUCAGUUGGGUCAUCCCUUUACCCCUUUACCUUGGCUCUCAGUGAUUACCAAUAAAUAUUAAAUGAGUAUUACCCAUAAUAAAGUAUUUUGGAUUAAGAAAAUAAUUGUACAUUUCCAGCUUUCACUGAGUUUACGUUCUAGAUAAUUAACUUUUAAAAAUUAAAACUUGGUCACUGCUCAUGCCUGUAGUCAUAAUUUUGAAAGCGUAGGCAGACAGAUAUUUGAGGCAGGGGUUCCAGACCAGCCUGGGCAACAAAGUGACACCCAUGUCUCCACAAAAGAUAAAAAAAAAUUAGCUAGGUGUGGUAACAUGUCCCAGUGUAGUGAGCUGUGAUUGCACCACUGUACCCCAGACUUUUUAUAUAUAUAUGUGUGUGGGGGGGGGGUGUGUGUGUGUGUGUAUAGCCUAUUUAAUGCAGAUGUUUCAUUGAUUUUUUUAUAAUGUGAAUAAUGAGCCUGAUAAGUCCUUGAAAUUAUAUGCCUCUGUACUCCAUAAAUUGAGAGGGAACAUUGUGAACUCAAAAAAUCAUGGUUUAUUUUCAACAUGCAAAUCACUUUGAAACCUUAUACAGUCUCACUCAGUUAAGCAUUUUGCAGUGAAUUGACUUUCUUCCCUGUCAUCAGAGACCUCUGUGAGUUUUGUUUCGUUUAUGCUUGUGUUCAUUUAAACAUUUCAGAACUAC